AUGUUCAAGUCCGAUCUUCCAGUGAUCAAAGUCAGCUCCUACUUUUGCGGAAGUAAAACAAAUAGAUGUAAUGAAAACAAGUGUGAGGAAGGGUUACCUCUCUUGCAGAACCCUUCAGCUCCAAUCUGGGCGGUUCUUCAAUCUGAAGCUGCAUUCUCCAUCGCCUCAACUCAGCCUGCCAUUGCUACCACCAGACCACCUCUUUUCCAACCCGAUCUUCUAAACCCACAAUCCAAAAUGGCCAACGCAGAGCAAGAACGCCAACAGAUCCUGACCUCCCUCUCGCACAUCUUCUGGUCCAACACCGACGUCUCCACCGGCAUCACCCACAAACCCUACGGCGUGGACUGGAUCAACUUCGAAAGAAACAUGUACCGCCUCUGCGUCCUCCAAGGCAAGGUCCGCGACGGCGACAAGGUCCCCGAGGAUCCAUGGGAGAUGUUCCUGCGCGAGCUUGCACCGCUCACGAAACGCCCCGCUGGUCAGCCGCAGCCCUCGACUGCAUACUUUCCUACCUCAAUUUUGCGGUCGUCGGUGGGGAAUGCAAAUGCAAACGCCAGUGGCGGUCCCAGUGCGGGUCAGGAUGGCCAGCAUCAUGUGCGUUUCGAGGUGCCUUUAUUGCGCCGCUCGGAUGAGAAUCGGCGGAACGUGGGCCGGAUCCCGCGUUAUUUGAAUUGA